AGCAAGGUGGGGAUGGAUGCGUGCACCGGAGUGGACCAAGGCGGCAAGCGCUAUUGGCAGCGCAUUGAGGAUCAGUACCACCAGCUGAAGCCUCGCACGAAGAGCAUGGCGGACAGAUCCUACCGCUCCCUUGAAGGCCGAUGGAACAUCAUCAAGCCGGCUUGUUCUCGUUGGAGUGCUGCCAUGGAUCAAGUGGCAGACAACCCUCCUAGUGGAUGCGUGCCGGAGGACUAUCCCAAGUAUGCUCAACAACGGUACAAGGACAUGGCCGGCUCAAAGAACAAGGAAUUUCAAUUUCAACAUUGCUUUUCCAUCCUUCAACAUCUUCCUAAAUGGAAGUUGCGGGACAACGAGCCAAAGUGCAAGAAGGAGGCACUUCUCACCAUGGAUGAUGAAGCAGAGGACAUGAGUGGGAGAAACACCGGAGGCAUUGACGAUGAAGACGUUGGAGACCAAGCUCCUCAUCACCGACAAGAAGAGUGAGGUGAAGCUUGCCAAGGUGCAAGCAAGGAGGGAAGAUGCCAAGUUGAAG